GAGGCAUCGCGGUCGUAAAGUUACUCGUGGUGUGAUUGGGUUGAAGACAGUUGAAGAUCAUUGGUGAAGGAUAGAAAAACGGCUGACAUAACCUUUUAUAUUCGACGCUAGACGAGCGUGUAUGAACGGUUCGAUUGCUUGGUGUGAAUUUUUAAAUUCGUAUCAAGAUGGAUAUCAGGCCCAAUAAUACUAUCUACAUAAAUAACCUGAACGAAAAAAUAAACAAAGAGGAACUGCAGAAAUCCCUUUAUGCGAUAUUCUCACAGUUUGGUCAGAUCCUCGAUAUCGUUGCCCUUAAGACUUUGAAAAUGCGUGGCCAAGCUUUCGUCAUCUUCAAAGAAAUUGCAAGUGCCACCAAUGCUGUCAGAUCCAUGCAAGGCUUUCCAUUCUACGAUAAACCUAUGAGGAUACAAUAUUCCAAAACCGACAGCGAUGUAAUUGCGAAACGGAAGGGGACGUUUGCAGAGCGUCCAAAGAAGCCGAAGCGUGUUGUUCCUGCGGCAGAGGAAGAAGCAAAACGCGCGAAAAAGCGGGCUAAAGAACAGGCCAAGCACUCUCAGCAAGCGGGCUACCAUUCCGGAGUACCACAGCAUACGGGAAUGGUCAACACAGCAGUUCCUGAACAGCCUCCAAACCAAAUUCUGUUCCUGACAAAUUUACCUGAUGAAACAAGCGAGAUGAUGUUGUCCAUGUUGUUCAAUCAGUUCCCUGGUUUUAAGGAAGUUAGAUUGGUCCCCAAUAGACAUGAUAUAGCCUUUGUCGAAUUUGAAAACGAGGUGCAAUCUGGAGCUGCUAAAGACGCGCUUCAAGGGUUCAAAAUUACACCAUCUCAUGCUAUGAAGAUAUCCUUUGCUAAAAAGUGAAUAUUGUUGGGUGGAUUAUGUACGAUUAACGAUAUCUACAAUAUUAAAUUUAAGGUAAUCAACAGUGAAUUUAAUUUCAAAAGAAUAACUGAAAAUGAGUGUAUUUAUACUUUUUAAGAUGCUAUCAAAGUACUCAAAAUAAAGAGUGCACAGUCCCACUGUAAA